AUGUGUCUCCGCAGAGGACGGGGGAGGAAUUCAGGCUAAACAACAGUUGUAGCAAAAAACAAAAUCCCGCUCUGGUGGCGCAGCUGUGGGUGAAAUCCUGCCCCCACCGACUUCAAAGGGGCUUUGCGCUGAGUGGCUCCAGGCUUGGCGAGUGAACGGCCCGCCCCCCCCCCGCUCUCCAGCACUGCUUCCUUUGAGGGCUCAGCUUCUCCUUACACCCGCGCCAAAUGAGCGGCAGGACCAGCAGCUGGCUGGAAUCUUGCCCUGGUCCCUGACCCAUGGGAGCAGCGAGUGCACGGCAGACCAGGGUGGCCCAAAGGCCUGGGGGGCCGUUCUUCGCCGUGGCGCGUGUGGCCAUGGGGGCGCCAGCGAGCAGCCGGAUCGCUGGGCGCAGGUGAGCACGGGGCAGCUUUGCAAACCCCUGGCCGUGUCCUUUAGCGGGUUGUGUCUGGGCAGCAAGCGACUCCCUGCGUUCGGAGGCGGGUUCGUCCUGCAUGUGAGCAGGGCGGGCACCUGGCAGGGCGGGCUUGGGAAGGGAGCUCCCCCCCAGGUUUCAUGCCUAGGCCACUGGCUGGGCACAAUGCAGGCCCAGCCGGCACCCCAUUGGUGUCCAGCGUGUGACAUGGGGUGUGGCAAUUGCAGGCAUUUGUCUCAUGGGGCCGGUGCCCACAGCCUACUGCCCCCACUUUCCCGGCAGCCUCCGCAGAGAGGUGGAGGAGGGAUGGGGUCCCAGAGGCUGCGCUCACUCCAGAACCAGAGGGAGGAAGGGAGCUGGGGAAACUGACACACGUCACACGCUGGCAUGCCCCCCUGCCCCACCCCCCCAACCCCCGCUCCCUUGGUGAUUAAGUGCACGGGUGGCGGCGGUGCACUGACGGGUGGGUGCUCUGCGGUUAGUGGGCGCCUAGCACCCACCUGGGAGCAGCUCCAGGGGCUUCGCUCCGCGUCGAUUCUCUAAACAGUCGCGUGGCUGUAAGUGUGUCUUGCUCACCCAUUGAUUGCCAGAGUCAACAGGCCCCCAGCUGCCUUGAGUCCUUAAAAACGACCAUUUGAAAAGGUCGCUGGGGAAUUAAAAGCCCAUCUAGGGCUGAGCCCACCACCCCAUCAGCUCCCAAAGGAUGCGCUGCGUCACAGGGUGCCCCGCCCUGCAGGCUCCUCGCCGGCUGCCCUGUGUGGGGCUGGGCUGACGGAGGGGCUCUGGUGUGGGAGUUUCAUGCCCAGCGUGGACUGAAAUCACCGGGGGCAGGUGGGUUUGUCACGCUAGAAAACACUUUCCUAGUGGCAUCCUGCUCGGCACCCUAGUGCUCGCUACCCCCCCCCCCCAUAACCCCUCCACCCCCACCCCCAUGGAACGUGCACGCCGGCGGGACCCAUUACUGGAGCCCCUGGACAACGCACUGGGGGGGGGGGGGGGGGUGCUGCAGUAACAAACCCACUUUGUUGUUCCCAGGCAGCCAAGUGGCCAGGGACACAUGUGAGACACCCCCCGUGCUCGAGGGUCACUUGUUUCCAUUCCCACCCUAAUGGCGCUUGGCAUAAACCCCCCUCUUUGUGGGCCCAGGUGCACACGCCAGGAAGCAGCCAGCCUGCCACAGGGCACAGCAAACUAAACGCUGCCGUGGGUGUGCACAGCCGCACCGCCUUGGGGCCCGAGCCAGGCUGACGCGAGCUUGGGGAGGGCGGGGGGCAGGCAGGGGUUUGCACAAGGAUUCUGGUCCAAUGCCUGGUCCCCACCCCUUACCCACUGCUCCCCACAGUGCCCGGUGGGUGGGGGCUUCGCCUCGCCAGCUCUGGGACACGCCAGGCGCGUGAGCCAUGGUGCCCUGUUACGCCGGGCGGUGGCAGGAGCUCAGUGGCCGCGGAAGCGCUGCCUGGCUGGGGUUGGCCACGAGCCAGCGCAUGGCAAUGCUCGGCGGAUUGGAGCAGGUGCCCCCUGCUUUUGCCUUUGCCCAGGACACCUGGGUCCGUGCCACUGCGUGGACGUUACUGCACCCAGCUGAGCCAGGCCUUAUGACGUGGCCUGGCUCAGCUGGGUGGGGACAGGGAGCUGGGGUGGUUCCCUGUUGUGGGGGGGGGUUAACCUGCCAUGGGGCCCCCUUUGCCGGGGAAGGAGGCAGUGUGGCUCAGUGGGUACCUGGGAUUAGCCAACAGGCCACCUAGGGGUGCUUCUGGCUCGGCCCCUGCUGGCGGGGUGGCCUUUGGCAGCUCUCACAGCCUCUUUUCUCAGCCCUGGCUUGGCGAUUUGGGGGGGGGGGGGGGAAGCAUCCAGCACAAUUCCCCUCCCCCACUCAUCUCACUGGGAGGGGAGCACUUGGGCCCCACUCUAAUAGCCCCUGCCUGGCCACAGCCUGGCGGGCCUUUCGGGAUGGACCAGCCGAGCUGCGUGACGCCCCCUUCCCCACGCAGCGCAGCACAUGGCCUGUGACUCCCUCUGCACAGCCAGAGGGGGCGGGGUUGGGGAGUCCAAAGGCGGGGCUUCCACCCAGGGGGUGGAGCCUAGCCCCCUGCACCACCUUUAAAAAGCAGGGGCUUGGCCCCUGGCACGACAGAGGUGAAAAUCUACCCAGAGGUGACACCUGAUUCCUUCGUCCGCUCGCUGCCACCCGACUCCAGCAGCCAUGAAGGUGGAGCUGUGCCUGCUGCUCGCCGUCCUUGCGACCCCCGGCCUCGCCAGGCCGGACGCCCACCAGCUGGGCAGCGCGCCGGGCCCUGAGGAGCUGGCACGGAGCAGCAGCGGGACUGACCCUGUCCCUGUCCGGAGAGACUUGCUCGGGGCCCUGUCUCAGGACCAGAAGCACCUCAUGGCCAAAUUCCUGCCCCACAUCUAUGCAGAGCUGGCAAACCGGGAGGGCCACUGGUACGAGAACGACGCCCUGGGCCCCCUGCACGACCGCGAUUAUCCCGGCUGGAUGGACUUCGGGCGCAGGAGCCUGCCCGCUUCCAACGAGGCCGCCUAGAGGAGCAGCAGCCUAGGCGGCCUGACUCCGCCCUGCCAGAGGGGGCGGGGCCAACACAGCAGGCUCCGCCCUGUUACAGAGUUUUAAGCAUCUUGCACUUGAUCUUGUCUUCAAAGCCUUUGGCUGCCGCUCCCCAAUAAAAUCUGCUCCGUGUAGC